AAGCAGGGGGGUUAUCUCCGUCUCAUACCUUGCUGCAUAUGGCAUGAGGACUACACAAUAUAGUAGCGUUUGUGUCCUUCCUCCAUGGUACUUGAUAUAGACCUUUUUCCUGUGAUGUCCUGUGUUGUUGUUGAGAAUUCGGACUGAGGGCAAGCAAGCGUGACACCACAGACGCUUUGCUUGACAAUGCUUUAAUUGAAAUCUCUAAUGAGUGCGCAGUAAGCCAACCGUCAUCGUUUGCCGAUUCUAGAGGAGAAUUUCUACUUUGGCUCGAAAAUCUUGCAUCGAACCUACUCGCAAACACUUGUAUCGAUUCCACUCACUGUGUAGUCGCCUCUCCAGUAACACUUCUGACAUCCAUGAUGAAACACGAUCAAUUUUGUGGAAACGCUUUUUAACAUUUCUUUUUGUUAUUCACGAGACGUACAUGUAUCAUUACCGACCAAUCUUUAAUCUGUAGUCGUUUUGCAAUAUAACUGGUCAAAAGUUUUGCGGUGUAAUACCAGGUUUUUGCCUCAGAAUGCAUCAUUUGAUAUACGUAUUAAGCAAAACUUCGUACCCAUCAAACUGAUCGCACGUUAAUGGGUUUAUAGACGCACUAAGAGAGACGUUUAUUAAAACGGACCGAUAAUCCUCAACACCUUCAGCCCUGUUCCUUUCACAUUAAAUAGCCAUGGUUCAUGUUGACAAGGUCAAAAGUAAACGCACUUCUGGACUAGAUUGGUGAUAAACAUCUAACUACACCGACCUUCGUAUAUUUUAUUGAAAUUCCUAUCACCGGGACCGUUCCACCUUAAUCCGUAACAGAGAUGGAGGAGAAUCCACGGCUGAAGAGCGUAACGAGGGAUGAAGCUGCUCGCUGGUACCGGGUGGCUAUGGACAGCGGGUACGAAGGCACCUAUCCCUACGUCUGGUUGAGAGACAACUGUCGCUGUUUCAAAUGCUCCAAUCCCUCAAUCGUACAGCGAACAUUCAAAAUGGCCGACUUGGAUCCCGAGGUGCAGCCGGAAUCCGAGACGAUCGUAGACGACGGGAAAGUCUUGCGGAUCAUCUGGCCCAACCAGCACAGCAGCGACUUCGACGCCGCCUGGUUGAACAGCCAGCGGUUCUCCGGUAACGAAAGGGACACGGUGGCCCGUCCGAUCAGACAGUCGUGGGGAGCGGAAUUGAACGGCAAGAUCCCGACCUUCGACUUCCAGAAACUUCUCCAAGAUGACCGGGAGUUGUACAACUGGCUGCACGUCUUGAACACCAAGGGCCUGGCCGUGGUGAAUGGGGCACCGACCAAGGAGGGAAGUAUGCGCCAACUGGCUGACCGGAUUGCUUACUUGAAACCAACCUUGUAUGGGGAUCUGUGGCAAGUUCAGAGCAGGCCCAAUCCUUCUCGUGUGGUGUACACACCAGGCGCCCUACCACUGCACACUGACCAAGUGUACCUAACUAUCAUGCCAGGAAUUCAAAUGCUCCAUUGCAUUCAACGAACCAAUGUUGACGGUGCUGAAAAUCAGUUUGUGGACGGCCUCCGUGCUGUUGAACAGGUGAAAAAUGAGUCUCCCAAGGCGUACGAGCUGCUGACGACUCGAGAGUUAGACUACGAAACAAACGGUUGUGACCGUUUCAAGGCUUUUCAUGUGAAAAACACCGCGCCAACCAUACUACUGGACAGACACGGCGAGUUCCAUACUCUCUUCUAUGACAAUUGCUUCCGAGCAGCGUCCAUGUCCCGAGUUCCCGUCGGGGAAGUCACUGAAAUGUACAGAGCCCUGAGGCUGCUCCAUGACGUCAUGUAUAGACCGGAAAAUCUGGUGCACUACGAGCUGGCUGAAGGGGAGAUCGCCACGUUCGACAACCUCCGCGUCAUGCACGCCCGCAGCGCCUUUACCAUCACUGGCGGAGGAGGGCGCACUCUCGAAGGUGGUUACUUCGACUGGGACGAGGCUCGCUCGCGCAUGCGUGUUCUUCAGAAGAGUCUCUCGCUGUAGUGAGCCGAGACGCCCGUGUGUAAUUUUGGAAGUUGUCACCAACUUCACGGGCAGCUUCGCUGUGUAUUUUUGGUCAUAAUUAUCUUGAAUGUCUUGAAAACAGUGAUGAAUAUUCAGCAAUCAAAGUAUUCACUUUGGGAUCCACAUCAACAAAGCGUGACUGUGCUAAUCUGAUGAUGUUUUGCUAAAUUAUCUCAUAAGUUCACAAAUUGCAAGAAAUACGAAGUAAAUAGUUUGGAAAGCAAACGCCUUUAUAUUGUUUCAAAUAAUUAUUAUGUUCGCUAGUAUGUUGUGAACCAAGAAGAAUCGAAACGCAAGAAUAUGAAAAAAAUGUUAUAUUUACGUAUGAUGGAUAGGGAACCAAAUGCAAGGUUUUAUGCGUCGCAUAUGUAGACUGUGGUAUACCCAAGCUGUUGAAUUAUCUACCUCGAUCUUAUCUGUAGCUCAAAGCUCACAAUAUGAAAGCUUGCUGUUUCAAUGUAUGGAUGGGCACAUAAAGAUUCGAUGAUCUGUCAGCUUGAAAGAAAAAAAAUUGUCAUUAUGUGGCUUCAAAGUGCAUUUGUGUUUGCUACGGUAAAUAAUAGCGGUGGAAUAAAUCCCGCCGCGGACCUCAUUCAGGACUAACACUCAGAAGAAGCUUUUUUCCUGCAGUGCAUAGCUCAAAUAACUUACAACUCCAAGUACCUGAUAAGGUUUAAUAAUUACAGCAAGAGGCCAGUGGCAUAUAACCACCUUUUUGCAAAGGUCGCUAUCUACAGAAGUUCAGAUUGAAAGCUAUUACGCUCCUAGGCAGGAAUGUAUAACUACGAAAAAGAAAAAUAAACAACAAUUUUGAUGCACGCAUAUCAUGUGUCACGUGACCGUUAAUACCUCUAAAGCGCACUCUUGACGGCCAAUAUAUGCCUGCAAAAUUACAAUGAGAUUGGAAAGUAGGUUUAUAGGCAGGGAUCCAUCAAGGGUCGCGCUGUGUUGAUAACAUAACCUGAAAAUACCUGGCAGGUGAAAUUUUCACGGUCCAAUGUAUCCGAAGAAUUUUUUAGCAGAUCGCUUUCAGUUUACAUAAGAGGAAUUAGUUCGGCACGAACAACAUACUCCUGGUUGUAUCAAAAAUUCUGUGAUGUCACUAGUCUUGGCCCAAGACGUCAGUGAUCGAUAGUUGUUUUAAAUCUGUUGAAGAGUGCCCUCGCACAACUAGUUUUACUUACUCUCACUAGCUGGUGCACAGCCUAAUUAUGAGUCGUUAGGGUUCGCUAUCGAUCAAGCACUAACGUCGUGAGACAAAGACUACGGUGUCACCAAAUCGUCGCACGGUCAUCCGUGUUUGUAACUGAAACAAACACGAAGAUCCGGUUGCAAAUAUUGAAUUUCUUCAUGUACAGAAAAAAUUAACUUGAUCAUUUUGACCGCGGUGCAAAGCAAUUAAAUUCCCUGUGACAAUCUAGAGAUACACAUAAUUUUCAAUGUCAAAACUUUCCGAGCAAGUCGGUUUUUUAGAAGUCGAUACGACUGAUGCAGUUUCAUAUUUCGUUUGUUUAUUUUGGAAUGUCUAUUUUAUAAAUGGAAAGCCUAUCAAAAAUAGAAGCCCGGCCUACUAGUGAAACGUUUUGGAUCUUUAGCGGAUCCCACAAGAUGUGUACAUGCUUAUUAUUUGUUCCAGUUGUCCCAUGAUUUUGGUCACCAAUUAAUUUCUAAGCCCUCUGUUUUCAGUUGAAUGGUUUAAUAAUACUUUAUUGGCCAUAAACUAUUGUUUCAUCACUCAUCAGGCACCUGCGUUGAUGGAAGUGUGAUGAUUGACGAAGCGAAACCUGAGGACCACCCUCAGCAAUGUAAACUUAAAGAGUUGGCUAAGAGGAAGUGUGAAUCGUGAAUAUAAACAGUGGCUUUUAAUAAUUAGAAGUUUACAUAUUAAUAUGUAUCUAAAGGCAACAAGUAAUUAAUCUCUGCGUGUACCUCCUUGCGGUGUGAGGCUUCCCUGUGUGUAGUGCGUUAACUGUUAAUUUGGGUCAUUGCAAAUUUCAAAGUUCGCUCCUGCGUUAAAUUCACGCGUUAAAGGCCGGUUCGCAAUUGGCUUGAAAGCGAAGAUAAAUGCGAAUAUAUGACGUCAGAUCAAGUAUUGGAGCUGCAAAUGCGCAAAAUUUGGACAUAUUUCCCUCGAGAGAAAUUUUGCGUCAACACUUUCAUGACGUCGAACUCGCCUCGCUUUGGCGUUUGCCAGUUGUAUGAACCGGCCUUUAAGGUGCCCCCUCG